CAGAAAUACAGCAAUCACUCAUGUCAAAUAACCAAAAACUGUUCUAACUUUGGCAGAAAAUAGCGUUUCAUGUGGAGUCCCAUGACUCAUAGUUAGAUGCUGAUUGAGAAAAUACGUUUUUCGGGUUUUUAAAAGGAUGGAUUUUUUUCUUUCCCUCAAACCCUUUGGGAACAUAUACUAAGAAAAAGUCUUUUUUUAUGUAGUGUGUUCCAAAAAGUGCGUAAUCUAAUUUCAAUCGGUUCCACUGCAGUUUUUCAAAUUCCAAGACUUAAAGAGGAAACUGUGGUGACAGCGUGAAGACUUAUUAAAACAAAGGGCUGAUUUGUAGCGAGUGGAAGCCUCUGAAGAUCCUUAAGUGAAAAAUUCGCACCACUGACCAAGUUUUAUCACAUUUGAUCGCUAGGUUGCACAUUUAUUUUUUUUGUUUGCAGUGCAUGGUGCCUCCUAUCCGUGACUGUGCGUCUCCGCGUGGCUCUGCCUCCCUCUCUCUCGGCUCUCUGCAGCUGCGGACGCGCUUUCACUCUUCCCACUUUCUCCUCCUGUCUGCUCUGCGCAGCGCUGCUGCUGCUGACCCGGGAUUCCUUUCGUGUUCGUCAUUUGAAACAGGAUGAAAGGCACAUUUUGCUUCGUUUUGCCCACAUGUUCCUUUCUUCUGUUUCUUCUGCCAGGAGGCUCCUGUUCAGAUGCAGAGCACAAGCUCUUCUCUGUCAUAUUCUCCAACUACAACCAGUACAUACGACCGGUGGAAAAUGUGACCGACCCAGUCAUCGUACAGUUUGAGGUGUCAAUGUCACAGCUGGUCAAAGUGGAUGAAGUCAAUCAGAUCAUGGAGACAAAUCUGUGGCUGAGACAUAUCUGGAAUGACUACAAACUCAGAUGGAAUCCAAAAGAUUUUGGAGGCGUCGAGUUUAUCCGAGUGCCGUCCAACAGGAUAUGGAAGCCAGACAUUGUGCUGUACAACAAUGCAGUUGGAGAUUUCCAGGUUGAUGACAAAACAAAGGCCCUGCUUCGUUACAAUGGUGAUGUUACCUGGAUCCCUCCAGCCAUAUUCAAGAGCUCCUGCAAGAUUGACGUCACUUACUUCCCCUUCGACUACCAAAACUGCACCAUGAAGUUCGGCUCCUGGACAUAUGACAAGGCCAAGAUUGAUCUGGUGCUAAUUGGCUCAACCAUCAACCUCAAGGACUUCUGGGAGAGCGGCGAGUGGACGAUCAUCGAUGCCCCCGGUUACAAACAUGACAUUAAGUACAACUGCUGUGAGGAAAUCUACACGGAUAUCACUUACUCUUUGUACAUCCGCCGUCUGCCACUUUUCUACACCAUCAACAUGAUCAUCCCCUGCCUCCUCAUCUCCUUCCUCACCGUGCUUGUCUUCUACCUGCCGUCCGACUGUGGCGAGAAAGUCACUCUGUGUAUCUCCGUCCUGCUGUCUUUAACUGUCUUCCUCCUCGUCAUAACAGAGACUAUCCCUUCCACCUCGCUAGUCAUCCCCCUGAUUGGCGAGUACCUCCUCUUCACCAUGAUCUUUGUCACCCUCUCUAUCGUCAUCACUGUUUUUGUGUUGAAUGUCCACUACCGCACACCAAAGACCCAUACUAUGCCCUGCUGGGUGCGAACUGUGUUCCUGGGAUUGCUGCCCAGGGUGAUGUUCAUGACUAGGCCAGAGAGGGACCCCGAGCAGGUGACAGUGCCUGGCAGUGUUCAGACCAUGCAUUCAAGGCCCUGUGCCAUUCAUUCGUCAGGUACUUUGCAGAAGCAGCAGAAACCUCAGGCCCUGGCCUCCAGCGUGGUGUCCAGCCUGACAAACCGCCAACGGCUUUUCAACAACACAGAGCUCUCCAACCUCAAUAACUUAAGUGGAGACCCGGCCAAAGGUGCAGGUUCCACGUUUUUGUGCUGCGAGGGCCGUUGCACCUGCUGCUGGCACCAGAGAUCCAGCAAACUGCCUGCAGACUCUGGGGGAGGGAGCGGAGGGCUGGGCGGCCUGGGGGCGCUGACUGGAGGCAGUGCUGUUGGGGCCGGAGGGGGGAGUCAGUGCUCCAGCUCAGAAUCUCUGGAUGGAGGAAUAAUGUCCUUGUUGCCGCUCUCCACUGAGGUCAGGGAGGCUAUCGAGAGUGUCAAAUACAUAGCAGAGAACAUGAGACUACAGAAUGAAGCAAAGGAGGUUCAGGAUGACUGGAAGUACGUUGCCAUGGUUAUCGACAGGAUCUUCCUGUGGGUAUUUGUCCUUGUGUGCAUCCUGGGAACUGCUGGCCUCUUCCUCCAGCCUCUAUUACUUGUGGAGGACAUGUGAAUCAGUUUGACAAAACUAAUACUCCAGACUGUUGAACUGCACAGCAUUCGUUACAUAUGCAAGAUUCUCGCCAUGGCUCAGACAAAGAAAAUACAGAGAGGAUCCAAAGUCAAGAAGGAAAGAUGUGUCUGCCAAAUGUUGAUGCAAAUGGUUUAGUGACUGCUUUUUCACAGAUAGACUAGACGAUUUUUGUUUGAUGUGGUUUAAGGAUUCUCCAAUGCUGAGAACGAGGCUAACAAACAAUGGCAAAGACCAUGGUGGUUAGACAUUUCAUUGCGUACAAAACAGUUCUACGGUAAAUGGCAAUAUAAUCCAUAAUGCCAUCUUUGCAGAAACAAAGAUCUGCUAUUUUUAUUUUGAUGAGUAAAUAAUGGGUACAGUGAAUACAUUUACGGAACUUUAAGCACCUACUUUCACAUUAAGCAAGUAUGUACAUACAUUCACAAAUGUAAUCAUGAUGCUACUGGAAAGCUCAAUAUUUGAAUUACCACGAUGUUCUAUAACUAGAAAUCUCAAAUAUUUUCUUCUUUAAAAUGUUAUGUCCAUAUUGAGUGCCAUGCCAGAAAUAUAUAUGUGUUUAUGGAGAUAACAGAACAAACUGUUUAAUUUAACAUGUGUUUCUAUGUUUCUGAACCAAGCAAGGUGUUCAAAGAGUGACAUCAUGUGGUAAUUCUUUGCUACUACAAAUUAUAACAAGACUUUCUGACAGUUGAAGGGAUAUGUCACCCAGUUUGUCAUGAUCUCUGUUGUAUCAUAUUCCCAGUCAUAAAAUGUUGUGAAAAGUUAUACUGGUACUUUAUGCCAUAAAUGCAUAACAAGAGCCGCUGUUUGAUUUGCAUAGCAUGACCGUCUGGACGGUCAUGCUAUGCAUGAAGUCUCUGACUUGAGAAAA